CCGGCGCUUUGCUGCCUCUUCGAGGGUCCGGCUUCAGCCGGCGGAGCGGAGGGGUCGUCCUGCUUUCGGCUCCGAGCAGGCUCGGGGGCGGGCCGGGCUGGGGCGAUGGACGAGCUGCUGCUGCCCACGGCCGUGCUGGAAAUCUGCGUCUUGGUCGGGGUCUCCCGGGAGAAAGCCAGAGACGCGCGUCAGCUUGCACAGAAAAAGGACGUGAGAACCAUCCCACUCGAACCAGAAGUUCUCUCCGUUUUUGUACCUCCGUUUAUCAGCAAGGAAGAUUUGCAAGCUCUUCCUCUAAAUAGCAACGCACUCAAUAAAACCAAACGCCGUUCUUUCCGGAAGAGGAAAGAUAAAUUUAAGGCGGAGGAGGCAAAAGCUGUAAACGGAGCCCCCAAAACACCUGAGAAUGAAGACAUCACUGUCCCCACAGAUGUCGACCUGAAUGGACUGCCCCAGCUUUGCUUUCCAGGAGGAUUUUAUAUCACGGGAGAAUCGAGGGAGAACCAUUUUCACUUCCUCGUUUUCACAGAUGUCUUUGGAAACCGAACGUAUGGAGUUGUGGCCCAGUAUUACCAGCCUAUGCAAGAGGGACGCCUUUACAACGGGCAGGCACAUUGGGAUAACCUUCAAAGCUCCAGAGCUGAUUCGUACUUCGUACCAUUUGCUGUUUGUGUCAUAUCCAGGUACCCAUAUUUCAACGCCCUGAAGGACUGUUUGUCUUGUUUGUUGCUAAGUCUUAAGCCUUACAAAGAUUCAGAGAUCGAGGAACACAUAAAAGAAUUUGCAGCGAAGUUAUCCCUGAUACCCAGUUCUCCUCCUGGGCAGCUUCAUCUGCUAUUCAAUAUGAAGCCUCUCCAAGUCGUGUUUCCAUCUCAGGAAGAUCCCGACAGCCCUCUUAUUGAUUUGGAUCUACAUCUUCCCUUCCUUUGCUUCAAGCCGGAACAGAUUUUACAGGUAAAGGGGUUGUUUUUAAACGGACUGAAAUUUUCUCCACCAAACUUCUGCCAAAUUGACAGGGAAUUCCCUCAUCCCGUUGAACCAUUAAAAUUGUUUCUGUUCUUAGUCUGCCAAGGGUGACAUCUACCAUAAUGGAUUGUUAACUUUUAUUUGUAACUAUCAACCUUCCUGAUUUUUUGUAACAAUCAGGAAGCCGACGACUUAAUUCUAAUCAACAUCGAUUCUGGCGAUAUCGCUCAAUCCAAGUCCUCUGAAGAGGAAACCGACAUUCCAGAUGUCCCAGCAGAAGCAGCCAGGGUUUUUAUAACACGAUCUGAAAACCUUCAGCUGCACUAUGACCUUGAACUCUGCCAUCUGGGAACCUCCACGUACUUCUUCGAAAUACAAGGCCGACGGAGAACUUGGCAACACAAGCUGAAUUCUGAAAUUCAACAGAUUACUCUGCAGUUAAUCGUCAAUAUCUUUAGGGAGGUGAAAGACCAUUUGAACUAUGAACACCGAGUAUUUAACAGUGAAGAAUUCUUAAAGACAAGAGCAAUAAACGAUCAGCCUUUUUACAGAAAGGUGCUAGAAACGUAUAUGUUCCACUCUUUUCUCAAAGCCCGCCUUAACGGAAGGAUGGAUGCUUUUGCCUACCUAGAGCAAAGCACCCAGAAUGAAGAAGACAGAUUCAACUUCCUGGUUGGUAACCCGAGAAGGCAGACAAUGGAGAAAAUGAUUUCUAAAAGGUUUAAUCCUCAGUACAUGCUCAGCAGGCGCAUGGGGAUGAGCCUUCCUGAUCUGCACAACAUUAAGCCGAGCGACGGCCCGAUGAGGAAUUUAUCCCUUCGAAGUGUAGACGUCACACAAGCGAAAAGAUCGAUUUCGAAACCCAUCAGCACUUUCAAGAUCCCAGAUAUCCAUUUCCCACUGCUGGGUCAGAGCGUCCAGUCCUAUUACGUCGACUUCGGUAACCAUCUCAGCAGAGCCAUCCACGUUUUGUCCCCGGAGAACUCUGCGCUCCUUGCGAGGUAUUUCUACCUUCGGGGACUUGUCAACCUGAUGCAAAGAAAAUUCCUCAAUGCGCUUUCGGAUUUCCAAAACCUGUACAAGACGGACAUCCGGAUAUUCCCUACAGACCUUGUGAGAAAAAUGAUCGAGAAUCUCCCACCCCUGGAUCGCUCUCAGGCAGAUCAGAAACCUGAACUGAAGAGGUUGAUCAGUCACCUGCUGGAUAAACAGCGAGAGGUCACUAAAACCGAUGACCACGUGAAGAAAUUUGAGUUGCCAAAAACUCACAUGCAGGUGAACGACUUUGUGAAGCGUAUCCAGGAAUCUGGGAUUGUCAAAGAUACAGACACGAUCCAUCGGUUGUUCGAUGCAUUAACCGUAGGGCAGCAAAAACAAAUCGACCCGGAAACCUUUAAAGACUUUUAUACCUACUGGAAGGAAACAGAAGCAGAAGCUCAGGAUGUCAACCUGCCGCCGAGCGUCCUAGAACACCUGGACAAAAACGAGUGUGUUUACAAGUUGUCCAACUCCAUCAAAACCAACAAAGGAGUCGGCAAAAUCGCACUGACGCCGAAACGCCUGUUUCUGUUGAUGGAAGGAGCUUGUCCCGGCUAUCAAGAUAUUGCCACAUUCAGAGAUAUAGAGGAAGUGAGAAAUACCACCGUCACUUUUCUUCUCCUCAAGAUUCCCACCUUGAAGAUAAGAGUCAAGUACAAAAAGGACGUUUUUGAAGCAAAUCUGAAGUCCGAGUGCGACCUUUGGCACUUGAUGGUGAAAGAGAUGUGCGCUGGGAAGAAAAUGGCAGAUGAUCACAAGGAUCCACAGUACCUUCAACAAGCCCUCACCAACGUUCUUCUGAUGGACGCAGUAGUGGGUUCUCUGCAGUCCUCCAAAAUAAUCUAUGCAGCUUCGAAGCUGUCUUACUUUGACAGGAUGAAGAACGAAGUGCCCAUGAUGGUCCCCAAAACCACGUCUGAAACACUAAAGCACAAGAUCAACCCAUCGGCGGGUGAAACCUUCCCACAAGCAGUGGAAGUCUUGCUGUAUACACCAGGGCAGCUGGAACCCACCGAAAAGCAUGGAGACACCCAUCCAAAAUUGUGGUGCGCUUUGAAUGGAGGGAAGGUUGUGGUCUUUGAUGCCUCAACGUGGUCUCUACAGCAUUCUUUUAAAGUGGGGAACUCUAAACUGAAAUGUAUGAUCAUGGCAGAACAAAGUCAAGUUUGGAUCGGCUCUGCAGAUUCCGUCAUCUACUUGAUCAACACCUACAGCAUGUCUUGCAAUAAGCAACUGAAUGACCAUCGCCGUGAAAUUGUGGACAUUGUUGUGGAUACCAGAGAGAGUCUACCUAGCGAGGUGUAUUCCUGCAGUGUGGACGGCACCGUCAUUGCCUGGAACAUCAGCUCUCUGAAAGUGAACCGUCGGUUCCAGCUGCCCUUGGAAACAGUGACUUCGAUCCAGUUCUACAAGAAUCGUCUUUGGUGCUGUAUACAAGACUACAUUGUUGUGGUCAGCACAAACGGGCUGGUUCGCCAGAAGGUGAAACUGGAAAAUGUGCCGUUGGAACCCCUCACACCUCUGCUCUGUUUCCAGUUGUUUCCUGAGAGGGACGAAGUCUGGGCUUCGUGGGCCGGCAGCUGUGAGCUGUUGAUCUGGAAUAUGGAGGAUUUUUCCACCCCCUUACAGAAGAUGAGCCUGCAAGACUGUUCAGAGAUCACCUGCAUGAUAAAAGUGAAAAACCAGAUGUGGAUUGGUGGCCGAGGACUCUCCCAGGGCAAGGUCAAAGGAAAAGUCUACGUGUUGGACACGGAAAGGAAAUUGGUGGAAAAAGAGUUGGUUGGACACACGGAUACGGUGAAGUCCUUGUGCUCCGCCGAGGAUCGCUACGUUCUGAGUGGAGGUGGAAAGGAAGAAGGGAAGAUAGCGAUCUGGAAGGUGGAAGAGAGUUUGGGCUUCCAUUUCGUUUAAUAUC